CGGCUUACUUCCUGCUCACAGAAUCCUUUUCGCAUUGGCCUCAGUCUCUUUGUCUCUGCCUGAAAGACGGAUCAGCUAGCUCCUAGCAGCUCCUCUAUAGACAUUCGUAUCAGAAUUUGAAUUUAUUCUCCAGAAUGGCGACUGCGAGCCUGAGAGACGAGCUGAACUGCUCCAUCUGCCUGAGCAUUUAUACGGAGCCCGUAUCGCUGAAAUGUGGACACAUCUACUGCCGGGACUGUAUCGUUGCCGUGCUGAAUACACAGGAGGCGUCCGGUGUUUAUAUCUGUCCGGAGUGCAGAGAGGAGUAUACAAAGCGCCCUACACUGAAGAAGAACAGGAAGUUGUGUAACAUUGUGGAUAAUUUCCGAUCGGCUCACCCGGAGGACACAGAGGUCUGCUGUACGUAUUGUGAUCAUCCUGUACCGGCUACCAAAACAUGUCUGCACUGCGAAGCCUCGUUUUGCAAUAAGCACCUCAAAAACCACAGCAAGUCGGCGGAACACGUUUUAACUGAUCCCACCAAAUCAUUCGAAGACCGAAAAUGUUCCAUACACAAAGAGAUCCUGAAAUAUUACUGCUCAGAAGACAACACAUGUAUCUGUAUGUCCUGCUGGGUGGCCGGAGACCACAAAGGACACCAGGUUGACCUUCUGAAUGAUGCCUCCGAGAAGACCAAAGAGAAACUGGAAGAAUCUACGAAAACAUUGGACUCUGAGAAACAGGAGAUCCAGAAGAGAAUCCAGAAUCUGGAAAAUCACAGGAAAAAAGAGAAGGAAAAAGCAGCCAAUGUCACCGGGAGAGUCUCUGAGCUGUUUAGAGACAUCCGGAGACAUCUGGAUGAUGUAGAGAAGAAAGUCCUGACCGAGGUCUCCAGACAGGAGGGGCAGAUCUCCCAAUCCGUCGCUAAGCUGAUCCAGCAGCUGGAACAACAAAAAGACGAGCUGUCCAGAAAGAUUAGGGAGAUGAAAGAACUAUGGAAGAUCCAAGAUCCAUUAACGAUCCUAAAAAAGGCACCUAACAGAGAUAACAUUAUUCCUGGGAUCAAUGAUGCAAUCAACAACGUUGGACACCUGGAUGAAGGAAUUAUCUCACAGAUGCUCCACAGAAGUCUUCUCCACUUUACCGACAUUUUGAUAGAUCUGAAGAUCAAUAGACAAUUCUCAGGGAUGGAAAAAUCUGAUAUUUUACUGGAUAUAAACACUGCUCAUAAGAAUUUUAUUCUAUCCGAGGAUCUGAGGACAGUCACUUGCAGCAACACCUGUCAGAACAGGCCGGACGGUCCAGAGAGGUUUGAAUCCAAACAGAUACUAAGUACAAACAGCUUCACAUCGGGAAAACAUUACUGGGAGGUGGAUUUGAGUGGAGCCGAGAAAUGGCUGGUUGGGGUGGUUGGUCACAGCAUAGAGAGGAAGAUAGAAGGAAAUGAAUCCUAUAUCGGUUAUAAUAACAAAUCCUGGGGACUUGCUAUUGUCACGCGCUUUGUAGCGACACACAUUAAUAAACAGGUUGCCUUAAGCGCAGAUGCUCCUUUGAAAUUAAUCGGAAUAUAUCUGGACUACGAUGCGGGACGUCUGUCCUUCUACCAGCUGUGCGGCCCCGUCAGACACCUCUACACCUUCACCGCCACCUUCACCGAACCCCUCCAUGCUGCUUUCUAUGUGUUUGACAAAUGUUCCAUUAGAAUUAAAAAUAAAUAGCAAUGGCAGAGAUUGGAAUAAAUACUAUUUUUAAUGUACAUCUAAAGCUAAAAUUGUUUUUCAGUUUUGAAUAGAUGAAGAAAGAGUUAAAA